AAAAUUCUCAAGGAUAUUUUCUGUGAAAAAGGCACACCCCCGUCAAUUACCGUCGGCGUGAAAUUGACCGCUUAAACACUUGGACAUGUUUCCCACGAAAACAUCUACAAUUACGAAUAUUCGAUCUCAUAUUCGUAUUUUUCCCCUUUUGCAUCAAACACGACCUGAAUUUACCUUGCAUUUAUCCUCUGAAGGAAACUUACGCUAAAAUAUGCACCGAAAGAAAGAAAUAGUGACCGAUCGAUUAAUCGUCACAAGGGAAUAGACAGAAGGGGGUAGACAGACCUUCGUCCUUCUCUUUGCGGUCAAACGUAUGUCGACACUCGUAAAGAAAUGGUCUGCUUAAGAACUCGAUAUUUUAGAGUGAAUCGUCUUCUUCUACUCAUGGUUGGCCUAUGGCCUUACAAACAAUCCAAGAUCACUCGACUGCAACUGAUCUUGUUCCAAAGUAUUCUAUUAAGUUUGGUUCUAUUUCAGCUUUCAUCAUUUCUGACUUCGAAAUGUACUGCACAGUUCGCUAUAGAAGUUUUCUCUGGCGUAUUUCCUAUCAUAGGCUUCAUGAUAAAAUAUAACAUGUAUAGUCUAAACUUCAAUUAUGUAAAAUAUUUAUUAGAACUAAUUCAAUAUACCUGCGACGAGCUAAAAGACAAGAGCGAAGUAGCUAUCUUGGAGGAAUACGGGAAAACCGGAAAGCGUUACAUCAAUGUCCUUGCACCGAUCGGCAUUAUCGGCCUUCUGAUUUUCUUGUCUUACCCAUUUUUGAUGAUAAUUCUUGACAUCAUAUCGCCCACAAACAAACCUGGAUCGCUUACGCAAUUACAGUUUGUAACAGAAUACUUCGUCGAUCGAGAAAAAUAUUUCUACUUGAUUCUAUUGCACACAAACAUAGCAUAUUGUAUAGGAUAUUCAGCCUUAUUAGCAGUAGGAACAAUGAAUUUAACGUACUUCCAAUUAAUUUGCGGAAUGUUCAAGAUCUCCAGUUACCGAGUGAAGAAAGCUAUGAUGAUCUAUACAUUGGAAAUCAGCAAUACGCGAAAUCAACAAUUAGUUCAACAAAAUAUUUCUUAUGGCGUUGAUAUGCAUCGCAAAGCUAUGUGGAUUAUAAAUGUCUAUACUUCCAAAAUGGAGAUAUUCUAUUUUUUUUUAAUAAUAUCCGGAAUAGCUUCCUGCAGCCUCAAUCUUUUUCGAAUUUUCCAACUACUGUCGUCUGACAUUAAUAUAGUAAAAUUAACAUUUCCAUGUAUCACAUUGAUAGUCUUUUACAUAUAUACAAUUAUAGCCAUGAAUUGCGCGCAACAAAUUACAGAUCACAACGACGACAUGUUCGCUACUGCAUAUAACGUCAAGUGGUACAUGGCUCCGUUAAAUAUACAGAAAACCAUUUUAUUCAUGUUACAAAAGGGCACUAAACCUUUCCACGUGAAUCUCGGUGGAAUAUUCAUCGCAUCUUUAGAGAAUUGCACUAAGUUAAUGAGCAUUUCGAUGUCUUACUUCACCGUCCUUUGUUCCAUGUGAUAAAAAUAAUUUUAAUUCUCAAAUGAUGUAUUUAAUUUCAAGAUUAACUUAGGAUAGUCACUCUUCUUAAUUGUGUCAGUUAUGCAAAAUUAAGAAAUCUACGAGAUUAAUUCGCACAGUUUUGUGCGAAUUACAGAAAUAAGAAUUAAUAAUAUAUCAAAUUAUAUUCAAUGUAAAUUUAUACACAUGUGAAUGUGAAUGUGAAUAUAAAUGUAAUUUUGAUGAAAUGUUAUUGUAAGAGGAGUGAAUUGUAGGAAGUUGUAUUGAACAACACAUAAAAGAAUCUUGUUCAACAAAUCUCCAAAUUUAAAAAAAUAAGCUAGACUUAGCUUAUUGUAAUAGUUGAUGCAAGCUGUUAAGAACCAAUUGUAAUAAUCACUUAUGGAUAUUAAAACGCUCGAAUGUC